AUGACGUACUGUCCCCACUGCCGUGGAGUGCCCUCUGCCAGGCCCUGUGCCAACUACUGUGCCAACGUGCUGAAGGGCUGCCUCGCUAACCAGGCCGACCUGGACACAGAGUGGAGGAACUUGGCUGGUGAGACAUAUAAAACACACACGCGCAUGACACAUACACACACACACGCACACAUGACACAUACACACACGCACACAUUUGCACACUAAUUUCAUUUGAAUGCCUACAGUGACUUCAGAAAGUAUUCAUACCCUUUGACUUUUUCCACAAUUUGUUGUGUUACAGCCUGAAUUUAAUGUGUCACUAUGUGAUUUUGUGUCACUGGCCUACACACAAUACCCCAUCAUGUCAAUGUGAAAUUAUGUUUUUAGAUAAUUUUUUGUAUGAAUUAAAACUGUAAAGCUGAAAUAUUUUGAGUCAAUAAGUAUUCAACCCCUUUGCUAUGGCAAGCCUAAAUAAGUUCAGGAUUACAAAUGUGCUUAACAAGUCACAUAAUACGUUGCAUGGACACUAAUAAAGUUUAACAUGAUUUUUGAAUGACUACCUCAUCUCUGUACCCCACACAUGCAAUUAUCUGUAAGGUCACUCAGUCGAGCAGUGAAUUUCAAACACAGAUUCAACCACAAAGACCAGGGAGGUUUUCCAAUGCCUAUCAAAGAAGGGCAUAUAUUGGUAGAUGGGGGGAAAAAAAGCAAACAUUGAAUAUCCCUUUGAGCAUUGUGAAGUUAUUAAUUACACUUUGGAUGGUGUAUCAAUACACCCAGUCACUACAAAGAUACAGGUGUCCUUCCUAACUCAGUUGCCUUAGACGAAGGAAAUCGCUCAACGAUUCCACCAUGAGGCCAAUGGUGACUUUAAAACAGUGACAGUUAAUGGAUGUGAUAGGAGAAAAUUGAGGAUAGAUCAACGACAUUGUACUCCACAGUACUAACCUAAAUGACAGAGUGAAAAGAAAGAAACCUAUACAGAAUACAAUAUUCCAAAACAAGCACUAAAGUAAAACUGCAAAAAAGUUGGCAAAGAAAUGAACUUUAUGUCCUGAACACAAACCAUUAUGUUUGGGGCAAAUCCAACACAACACAUCACUGAGAACCACUCUUCAUAUUUUCAAGCAUGGUGCUGGCUGCAUCAUUUUAUGGGUAUGCUUGUCAUCGGCAAGGACUAUGGAGUUUUUUAGGAUAGAGCUAAGCACAGGAAAACCUGGUUCAGUCUACUUUCCAACAGACACUGGGAGACAAAUUCACCUUUCAGCAGGAGAAUACCCUAAAACACAAGACCAAAUAUACACUGGAGUUGGCUACCAAGACAACAUUGAAUGUUCCUGAGUGGCCUAGUUACAGUUUUGACUUAAAUUGGCUUGAAAAGCUAUGGCAAGACUUGAAAAUGGCUGUCUAGUAAUGAUCAACAACCAACUUGACAGAGCUUGAAGAAUAAUGUGCAAAUAUUGUACAAUCCAGUUGUGCAAAGUUCUUCGAGACUUACCCAGAAAGACUCGCAGCUGUAAUCGCUGCCAAAGGUGAUUCUAACAUGUCAGGGGUGUGAAUACUUAUGUAAUAAUUACAGUAUGUUCAUUUUCAAUACAUUUGCAAAAACACUCUAAAAACAUGUUUUCACUUUGUCAUUAUGGGAUAUUGUAGGUAGAUGGGUGAGAAAAAAUAAUACAUUGAAUCCAUUUUGAAUUCAGGCUGUAACACAACAAAAUGUGGGAUAAGUCAAGGGUAUGAAUACUUUUUGAAGGCACUGUAUAAGCAUGUAUUCCCAUUUAAAAUAUUGUAUCCCCUCCCUCUCGCUCUCUCUGUAGAUGCCAUGCUGCAGGUGGCUAACAGGUUUGAGGGUGCGUCCAGUGUGGAUGUGGUGUUCCGCUCUCUACCCACACACAUGUCAGAGGCUAUCACCACCAUGAUGGACAACAUAGACACGUUUAACAACAAGGUCAGAACAGCAGUCAGCACAUGCACGCACGCACACAUACUGAUGUACUUACCCACGCACGCAUGCACGCAAACACACUUGCCACACACACACACACUCACACAUGCACAUACAGAUAUGCUAGCGCCAGUUCACACAUUCAAAUAUUAUUACCGAUCACUGAUAGUGUUGAUCAGGGCUCAUAACACAUAUUCAUAACCUGAUGUUGAUCCCUGUACUGAUUUAAUGUAAUAAUGUUCCACAGACCAGGGGCCUCAUUUAUAAAUUGUGCGUACAUACAAUGUAUACCCCAAAAUGUACGUGCGCCAGUUUUCACGCAAAAGUUGGCAUUUAUAAAAACGGAACUUGACGUGGGAAUGUGCUUAGCUUCCCGCAAACUUUAGGCCAUGCGUACGCACAGUUUCUAGUGGUUGAAGUAUUGCUUUGCAAGCAGGCAAGUAGCCUAGUAUUUUGUGCAAAUGGGGGAUAUGAUGACACGCUUAUUCAAAACAAACAAAAGCAGGUAAAUAUAAUAACAAGAUGCAAUCAUUUGCCGUUAGUGAGAAGAGCGAAGAUAAACAAUUUUUUUUGCAUCUAAAAUAGUUACAAAUAGGCAUCUAUUUCGUAUUUGAUUUCCAUGAGAAUUGCAGAAUAAAUUCCUAAUCUUUUCUGACUGUGAUGGUUUCAUACUAGCGAAGUAGCUUAUAGGUCUACAACAUCCCAUCUCUUAUUUAACUGGACCCACUUGACAGUAGUAAAUAGAUCAACUAUACUGUAUUCAAGUAUUUUGCUCUAUGGUAGAACAGACGGUUCAACUUUUUUAUUUACGUUUUUUUUUUGGAUACUGUACGUCUGAAUAGCCUACUGUAAUUUCAAAUGUCUCAAGUAAAUAUAAACAUAAUACAGUGGGGGAAAAUUGUAUUUAGUCAGCCACCAAUUGUGCAAGUUCUCCCACUUAAAAAGAUGAGAGAGGCCUGUAAUUUUCAUCAUAGGUACACGUCAACUAUGACAGACAAAAUGAGGGAAAAAAAUCCAUAAAAUCACAUUGUAGGAUUUUUUAUGAAUUUAUUUGCAAAUCAUGGUGGAAAAUAAGUAUUUGGUCAAUAACAAAAGUUUCUCAAUACUUUGUUAUAUACCCUUUGUUGGCAAUGACACAGGUCAAACGUUUUCUGUAAGUCUUCACAAGGUUUUCACACACUGUUGCUGGUAUUUUGGCCCAUUCCUCCAUGCAGAUCUCCUCUAGAGCAGUGAUGUUUUGGGGCUGUCGCUGGGCAACACGGACUUUCAACUCCCUCCAAAGAUUUUCUAUGGGGUUGAGAUCUGGAGACUGGCUAGGCCACUCCAGGACCUUGAAAUGCUUCUUCCGAAGCCACUCCUUCGUUGCCCGGGCGGUGUGUUUGGGAUCAUUGUCAUGCUGAAAGACCCAGCCACGUUUCAUCUUCAAUGCCCUUGCUGAUGGAAGGAGGUUUUCACUCAAAAUCUCACGAUACAUGGCCCCAUUCAUUCUUUCCUUUACACGGAUCAGUCGUCCUGGUCCCUUUGCAGAAAAACAGCCCCAAAGCAUGAUGUUUCCACCCCCAUGCUUCACAGUAGGUAUGGUGUUCUUUGGAUGCAACUCAGCAUUCUUUGUCCUCCAAACACGACGAGUUGAGUUUUUACCAAAAAGUUCUAUUUUGGUUUCAUCUGACCAUAUGACAUUCUCCCAAUCCUCUUCUGGAUCAUCCAAAUGAACUCUAGCAAACUUCAGACGGGCCUGGACAUGUACUGGCUUAAGCAGGGGGACACGUCUGGAACUGCUCACCGUUCUUGUGAUCAUUUUGACCCCACGGGGUGAGAUCUUGCGUGGAGCCCCAGAUCGAGGGAGAUUAUCAGUGGUCUUGUAUGUCUUCCAUUUCCUAAUAAUUGUUCCCACAGUUGAUUUCUUCAAACCAAGCUGCUUACCUAUUGCAGAUUCAGUCUUCCCAGCCUGGUGCAGGUCUACAAUUUUGUUUCUGGUGUCCUUUGACAGCUCUUUGGUCUUGGCCAUAGUGGAGUUUGGAGUGUGACUGUUUGAGGUUGUGGACAGGUGUCUUUUAUACUGAUAACAAGUUCAAACAGGUGCCAUUAAUACAGGUAACGAGUGGAGGACAGAGGAGCCUCUUAAAGAAGAAGUUACAGGUCUGUGAGAGCCAGAAAUCUUGCUUGUUUGUAGGUGACCAAAUACUUAUUUUCCACCAUAAUUUCCAAAUAAAUUCAUAAAAAAUCCUACAAUGUGAUUUUCUGGAUUCUUUUUUCUUAGAGGCCUCUCUCAUCUUUUUAAGUGGGAGAACUUGCACAAUUGGUGGCUGACUAAAUACUUUUUUUCCCCACUGUACAUAAUACAUAUUUUCAUAACCAUUGCAGAAUAAAUUCCUCACCACCUUUAUGGCCAUGACGAGUUCAUAUUCCCGAAGAAGCUUUAGCCCACAACAAAUUACCAUGUGCAUCUCUCAUUUAAGUUGGCCUAUUAUUUUUGCUCUAUGCAUCCGAAAGGGAGCGCGGUUUAUAAUACAGAACAAUCUACAGUAGAAUUUAACAGAUGAACAGACAGUUUAUAUUUUGAUUUGACUGCUACCACUGUAUAGGCCUACUGAUAAAAAAAUAAAAUGUAGACAUACUUUACAUUGUUUCAGAAUUCAAUGGCAGUGCAGAAUUUUUAGGAUCAGGAAUAAAUCAAUGCAAAAUAUUAUUGAAUUCGAACGAUCUGUUUACAGGUCCACGACAAUUUGCAAUUAUUGUUUUCUUUAACAAACUUUCAAAUACAGAAAAUGUCACUCUAAAAGUUUUAAACAUUCUGCCAAAGCCUCCAGAGACAUUUAAUCAAGUUCGCCAUUGCUAUUUCCUUAAGAGACUGCCUUGGCCUAAUUCCAAUACUUCCAAAGUAUAAAGCAAAUAAGGGCGUUAUUGUCACCAUAAAAGGUGAAUGAUGGGUGUUUUUCAGGCAGAGUUUUAAUGCUCGUUCACGUGCGCAGUUUCAGGACAGGUCUGAUUUAUAUAACGGGAAACAUGCGUGCGCCAAGUCUAUAAAUCUCUAUAUUUUUAUUUUUGUACGUGCGCAGUCUUUUCAGAAAUUGUGCGCACAGCUAUAUAGUGUGAAAAGUACACAACAGUUAUAAAUGAGGCCGCUGAAGAGGGACUGAUAACACAGCCUCAAGGCUCACCAUUAACUUUUUAUUUUAAUGGUGUACGAGCACCACUUUUAUGUGCCCGUUAAAAAGCAUAAGGAGCCAUGAAAUCUUUAUUUUUUGUUUAGUGAAGGUGGAAAAGUAUGCAAAUAGUGUUGGGGAACAAAGGCUUCUCUGUGCUGCACUGGUGUCGAGGCCAAAGCUGGCCUGGAGCUCUGCCAUGACCUGGCAAACCAGACUUCACAACACUAGCCACACUUUGCCCCUUAGGUACUGAUCUAGGAUCAGAAUACUUUGGUCCGAUAUCCUAAGUUUAACAAUAAAGGGAAACUGACCUAAGAUCAGCUUCACUUGAUCCAUUAUUGACAGUCUUCUAUGAUGUAAAGUCCUACCAGGUUUAGGAAGUCAGUUUUAGUCUUAAACUGUUUCAACAUGCAACUACUGCUAAUGCAGCUUCUGGUUUCAUUAGUUUUCACAGUUACAGUUUAAUGUUAACAGUUAGGAUUGGGAGUAGGACAAAUGUGUUCUAGAUCUGUGGGUAGGGGCACCUUCUACCUCAGGUUGGUACAACAGGGCACAGGUGUGUGUGUAGCAGGUGUGUUUGUGUGUGUUUACUUGUUUUAUAGAAAAGUUAUUCAUGUAGGGGAGGAAGAUAGGUAGAAAACCUCAGAGCUAUCCAAAACAGAUUAAACAAGAUGGUAGUUUCUUUGUCUCAUACAUUAAAUCUAGGUAAAUGGUAUGCCUGAAGGAGCAUGGGACGUGUGUGUUCUUGGCAUUGAAAUUAUCCUAGAAUAUUAAAUUACUAUAUGUGACCUACUAUAUGUAAUAUCUGAGUCCUCUGGCGUUGUAAGUAAUGUAAACUAAGUGUUGUGUGUCAUGUGACAUGUCAAGGAGAGCACACACAAUGCCGUAUUGUUUUGUCAUGUAUAAGGUGGCUCACCAAACUCCUCCAAAUGGAGCAUGUGUCUUAUAGCUUUACCAAUACAUACAGUAAGUACUGGGUUUAGAGUUUUCUAUUAAGGAUGGAUGUUGAGGUUAUUCUAUUUCAACCCUGUCAAUAAGGAUUAUAUACUGUAGUAGAUUAUCAAUUUACAGUACAGGAAAGUAGGAGUUUAUGGGCAAAGUUUCAUUACAAUGCAAGGUUGCAUUUUCAGCAACUAGUUUUCGGAUGUGACAGGGCUUGCAAACUAUCGUGGAUUACAAAGGGAAACCCAGUCGCGAGCUAAAUGCCUUCUACACUCGCUUCGAAGCAAGCAACACCAAACCAUGCAUGAGAGCACCAGCUGUUCCGGACGACUGUGGCCUCACACUCUCCAUAGCCGAUGUGAGUAAGACCUUUAAACAGGUUAACAUUCACAAGGCCGCAGGGCCAGACGGAUUACCAGGACACCUACUCUUCACUGACAUUUUCAACCUCUUCCUGACCCAGUCUGUAAUACCUACAUGUUUCAAACAGACCACCAUAGUCCCUGUGCCCAAGAACACCAAGUUAACCUGUCCAAAUGAAUCACCCGGUAGCACUCACAUCUGUAGCCAUGAAAUGCUUUGAAAGGCUGGUCAUUGCUUACAUCAACACCAUCAUCCCAGACCCACUGCAAUUCGCAUACCUCCCCAACAGAUCACGCAAUCUCUAUUGCACUCCACACUGCCCUCUCCCACCUGGACAUGAGGAACACCUAUGUGAGAAUGCUGUUCAUUGACUACAGCUCAGCAUUCAACACCAUAGUGCCCUCCAAGCUCAUUACUAAGCUAAGGACCCUGGGACUGAACACCUCUCUCUGCAACUGGAUCCUGGACUUCCUGGCGGGCCGCCUCCAGGUGGUGAGGUUAGGCAACAACACAUCCGCCAUGCUCAACACAGGGGCCCCUCAGGGGUGCGUGCUUAGUCCCCUCCUGUACUCCCAGUUCAACCAUGACUGAGUGGCCCCACACGACUCCAACACCAUCAAUAAGUUUACUGACGACACAACGGUGGUAGGCCUGAUCACCGAUGACGAUGAGACAGCCUAUAGGGAGGAGGUCAGAGACCUGGCAGUGUGGUGCCAGGACAACAAUCUCUCUCUCAAUGUCAGGAAGCCAAAGGAGCUGGUCGUGGACUUCAGGAAACGGAGGGCUGAGCACGCCCCAUUCACAUCGACGGGGCAGUAGUGGAACGGGUCGAGAGCUUAAAGUUCCUCCAAAUGAUUUGAGGGAGUGCGCACAUGAGGCUAUUCUGUGUUGAGCGGUUAACAAAGAAACAGGUACUCCUAUAUGCUUAAUUUAGACGUAUUUAUGUAACUUUAGUUGUGAUACAAAUGUUGGGCUAUAUGAUUAGAUUUUAAUACAUUCUAAGGCAUGAUGCGACUCCAAUGAUGAUUUGAAAAAAGUAGCAUGAAAAGCAUAAGCUCUGCUUUGUUUUUUGCGCAGGCUGUACACACUUCAUCAGUCUCUCAGUCACAAUUUGACAAGCAUAUGCCUCGAAUUUCCCGGCGGCAUCCCCUUUGUGUGGCCGUAAUGCCCCUAAAAAAAUCCAUGCCUUUUGCGGCCAGUGGCCUUUGUGCCCUUGGGCUGAAUAUAAUAAAAUAAUUCCCUUCUCCCGGCUUCAUGUUCCAAAGCACCUCUCAUUCAAAUGGCUCUCCGUCACGUGAUCAGGUCUUUCUCACAGGCUACAUGUGAAGACAGACACAUCCGUGGCCGCAACUGCGUGCGUCCUUAUCCAAUUCCAAGGCGCAUAUUGAAGAUAUUGGAAGAACGGUCCACAUUUACUUUUCAUCAGCCAACAAGAUGAGUAGGCCUAACAAACAGCAAAAGCACUAGCCUAUGUCAAUCUACUAACCCCCAUAGUACAAAAGUUUACCUAUUCUAUUCUGUGUGAGAAAUAAAUAUUCCAAACAUUGUCUGUGACAGUUGUGGGAUGGGAUAGAUCACAAAUUAAUACAACCACUAGCAUCAAAUAAACAUGUUUAAGCUAUGAGGCUGACACAACAGAUCAGAAUGUUUACCUUAAAAUGUUGCUAAAUUAUUAGGCUAUUUCUUCACAAAAGUAUUCAGCCCCCUUGGCGUUUUACCUAUUUUGUUGCAUUACAACCUGUAAUUUAAAUUGCUUUUUAUUUGGAUAUCAUGUAAUGGACAUACACAAAAUAGUCCAAAUUGGUGAAGUGAAAUGAAAAAAAAAUCAAAAAAUUCAACAAGAUAAAUAACGGAAAAGUGGUGCGUGCAUAUGUAUUCACCCCCUUUGCUAUGAAGCCCCUAAAUAAGAUCUGGUGCAACCAAUUACCUUCAGAAGUCACAUAAUUAGUUAAAUAAAGUCCACAUGUGUGCAAUCUAAGUGUCACAUGAUCUGUCACAUGAUCUCAGUAUAUAUACACCUGUUCUGAAAGGCACACAUGUGGAGGAAGGGGCACCACCAAGCAAGCGACACCAUGAAGACCAAGGAGCUCUCCAAACAGGUCAGGGACAAAGUUGUGGAGAAGUACAGAUCAGGGUUGGGUUUUUAAAAAAUAUCUGAAACUUUGAACAUCCCACAGAGCACCAUUAAAUCCAUUAUUAAAAAAUGGAAAGAAUAUGGCACCACAACAAACCUGCCAAGAGAGGGCCGCCCACCAGAACUCACGGACCAGGCAAGGAGGGCAUUAAUCAGAGAGGCAACAAAGAGACCAAAGAUAACCCUGAAGGAGCUGCAAAGCUCCACAGCGGAGAUUGGAGUAUCUGUCCAUAGGACCACUUUAAGCCGUACACUCCACAAAGCUGGGCUUUACGGAAGAGUGGCCAGAAAAAAGCCAUUGCUUAAAGAAAAAAAUAGGCAAACACGUUUGGUGUUCGCCAAAAGGCAUGUGGGAGACUCCCCAAACAUAUGGAAGAAGGUACUCUGGUCAGAUGAGACUAAAAUUGAGCUUUCUGGCCAUCAAGGAAAACGCUAUGUCUGGCGCAAACCCAACACCUCUCAUCACCCGAGAACACCAUCCCCAAAGUGAAGCAUGGUGGUGGCAGCAUCAUGCUGUGGGGAUGUUUUUAAUCGGCAGGGACUGGUCAGAAUUGAAGGAAUGAUGGAUGGCGCUAAAUACAGGGAGAUUCUUAAGGGAAACCUGUUUCAGUCUUCCAGAUAUUUGAGACUGGGAUGGACAUUCACCUUCCAGCAGGACAAUGACCCAAAGAAUACAGCUAAAGCAACACUCGAGUGGUUUAAGGGGAAACAUUUAAAUGUCUUGGAAUGGCCUAGUCAAAGCCCAGACCUCAAUCCAAUUGAGAAUCUGUGGUAUGACUUAAAGAUUGCUGUACACCAGCAGAACCCAUCCAACUUGAAGGAACUGGAGCAGUUUUGCCUUGAAGAAUGGGCAAAAAUCCCAGUGGCUAGAUGUGCCAAGCUUAUAGAGACAUACCCCAAGAGACUUGCAGCUGUAAUUGCUGCAAAAGGUGGCUCUACAAAGUAUUGACUUUUGGGGGGGUGAAUAGUUAUGCACGCUCAAGUUUUCUGUUUUUUUUGUCUUGUUUCUUGUUUGUUUCACAAUAAAACAUAUUUUGCAUCUUCAAAGUUGUAGGCAUGUUGUGUAAAUCAAAUGAUACAAACCCCCCCAAAAUCAAUUUAAUUCCAGGUUUUAAGGCAACAAAAUAGGAAAAAUGCCAAGGGGGGUGAAUACUUUCGCAAGCCACUGUAUAAUCGCAGCAAUGCGAACAUGGCAGUAGGCUAUAAGCGCGAAUGUUCCAUUCGCGGGAAAACAUCAUUAUCAAAAGUGACCGCAAAUGCAAUUAUGCAUGUGAUGGUUUUAUUAUAAAGGUGCAUUUUUAUGGUGAAAAUUAUCUUCCCCAAACUUGAAACUCAUGUGCUGCGUAUGUAUGUCAAGUAGGCUCGACACCCGUUGUAAAGCGGAUUAAUGUGCUUAAUUUUAAGAAGUAAUUUGGCCACUUUAGUUGCGAUACAAACCUUAUCAAAACAUAUAGGCCUAUGGGCUAGGCUACAUGAGGUGUGCGACUAUGAUUUGAAAAAGUUGCAGAAAAAGGCAUGUGUUUCUUGCCUAACUGCACACAAGUUGGGCAUCAUUCACAAGUGAUAAUAUAUCAUUCAGAAGUGAUAGGCUAAUAUUGUCACCAAUCAGACUAUUUUUGAUUUAAUCUUGUCUUUACAUAUACAGUACUAAAUAAUAUAUGUGUGAAAUUUGUUUUGAUUUAGAAUGGACCAUUAUCAUGCACCCGUCUCGAAACAGGGGCAGGGGGAAGAAAUACAUGUAAUCUAUGCACUUAAAUAGCGAAUGGAGGACGCUUUUCCCGUGGUUCAUGUUCAUGCCAGCCAGGUAGGCUGUACUGUUGUUGUAAAGAGAAGCAAUGUGCUUACUAUUAGGAAAGUUGAGAAAUAAAUAUAGUAGGCCUAGCCUAUAGAAAGGUGAUCGGAUACUCGUCUUUUUAUUAGUGGCCAUCCCUCUGUUUUCUCCCGCAAUUGCAUAGCCUAUAGAAAUGUUGCGCAAUAUGAGCUCUCAUUAAGUGUUUGAUUAGAUGUUCGAAUACAUUUGCAUUGAUGUCAUUAUGUGUUAUUACUUUUCUAUUAUUUCUCUAUUUUCUUUCUCUCUGCAUUGUUGGGAAGGCCCCGUAAGUAAGCAUGUCACUGUUAGUCUACACCUGUUGUUUACGAAGCAUGUGACGAAUAAAGUUUGAUAUGGUUUGUUGUAGUUGUUGAUCCGAUUGGGGCAAGAGAUUUCGUUUGAACACCUCAAGACUCACAAGACUCACUUAAACCCCAUGGAGAGUAGCUGCUAAUGGUGAUCCUAAUAAAAUACCAAAAUUAAACUAUUAUUUUACAGAUUAUCUCAAGAGUUGUAGUUUUUGUCCCUAAAUAAAUGCCUCUCAACUUAAUCAUUUUCUCACCUCCUCCCUCUAACUCCCCCUCUCUCUUUCCCAUUCUCUCUAUUCUCAGGUGUUCCAGGCAUGUGGGAAUCCGAGGGAGGGAGGAACCAGCAGCACUGGGUUGGAGGAGGUGAAGAGGAGGGGGAAGGUUACAGUGGAGACCAGCCCAACCUCUGGGGCUAGGCUGGAGAAACUGGUCAGUGUUACUGUCAUCAUCUCUCCCUCUCUCUCUCUCUCUAACUUGAUAUACGAUACGGAUUCUGUUUAGUCGUGUUUACUCUUACUCUGUGAAGAAUGCAAAAAUAGUAAUGCUACAGUCAAGAAUGCAAUGAGUCAGAUGAAUAUGAAAUGUGAGGAAAUGGAAACAACCAUCAUUGUCUCCCAAAAAUAAACACACUGUUGUUGUUUGUUUGUUGCUCAUACAGAAGCAAUUUGCAGAAAGUGUGAAUGCUUGAAACAAACUUGAUGUUGAAUAGCUUUUGAUAGUAGUUUCCAGUACACAGGCUGUAUUCAUUAGGCACCAAAUGAAAGAAAGGGGACUGAAACAGGGAGGGACUAUAUGAACUUGUCCAAUAAGAAAUGCUAAUUUUCCUUUUCCAUUACAAAACGCCCCCAGGUGUCUGAUGUGUCGAGUAGGCUGAGGGACAUGCAGCCCUACUGGGUCUCGUUACCCAGCACCCUCUGCAGUGACAGGGUGGCCACUAGGACCCAAGCAGACAAGUGCUGGAACGGCAUGGCCCGUGCCAGGUAGGACCCCUAAACCACGUCUGUGUGUGUGCAUGCAUGCUAUGUGUGUGUGUGUAUGAGUGUGUAAUGUCUGCAUCUGUGUCUGUGUACGUGCUCGCAUGCAUGCAUAUUUGCGUGUGUGCCUCUUUGUGCCUGCAUCAUGCAUGUGUGAGUGUGUGUGUAUUUGAGUACCCCCCAGUGAUCCUCUCUCCUUGUCUCCCAGGUACCUUCCAGAGGUAAUGGGUGACGGCCUGGCUAGUCAGAUCAACAACCCUGAGGUAGAGAUCGACAUCACCAAGCCAGACAUGACUAUACGCCAACAGAUCAUGCAGCUCAAAAUCAUGACCAACCGCCUCAAGAACGCUUUCAAUGGCAACGAUGUGGACUUUCAGGACACCAGUGAGUAUAGAUCUAGGAUCAGCUCAUCCUAUGCGAAUACUGACUCCAACCAUAGAGGGAAUAUUGAAAUAUGGACCUUACCUAAUCUUACUCCUGAGGGCAAAAGCUGUGUGGACUACAGAGAGGUCUCCCUCAUGGUCAAAACACUAUGA